UUGAUUAUUCAUUUUGAACUGAGCGUAAAAUGGUUUCAAAGAAGGAAGUGGGCAAAGUGGAGGUGACCAGCAAGUCAAGUCUGAAUGAAAAGUCGAAAGUAUGGAAUGGGUGCCUCGAUGAUGUCAGCGUGUCCACCUCAGAUUGGCACAAGCCUAUCCCGAAUGCAGAAGUGGCUCACAGAACCUCCAAUCUUGUCGCUGAUCAGUGGACGCCGUCGUUGUCGCUGCAGUCCUUGAUUCUGGCCAGGACAGGAGCAGCGGCGGCGAUGGGCAGUGUCGAGGAGAGGCUGCUGCCACCGCCGCCGGCCAGGAGCGCAGAUGCUGGCGCCGGCGGCGCGAAGAGUGGCAAGUGGGAGAAGACGUACCUGGACGUGCUGGGCGUGUGCUGCUCCGCGGAGGUCGCGCUCGUGGAGCGGCUCCUGAAGCCGAUCGACGGCGUGAGGGCGGUCACCGUCGUCGUCCCCUCCCGGACCGUGAUCGUCGAGCACGACCUCGCCGCCGUCUCCCAGUCCCACAUCGUGAAGGCUCUCAACAAGGCGGGGCUGGAGGCGUCCGUCCGCGCGUACGGCAGCAGCGGGGUCGUCGCUCGCUGGCCGAGCCCGUACACCGUCGCCAGCGGAGCCCUGCUGCUGGCGUCCCUGUUCGCGCCGCUGCUACCUUCCCUGCGCUGGCUGGCCCUGGCGGCGGCCUGCGCCGGCGCGCCGCCGAUGGUGCUCAGGGCGCUGGCCGCGGGGCUCGCCCUGGACAUCAACGCGCUGAUGCUCGUGGCCGUGGCCGGCGCCGCGGCGCUCGGCGACUACGCGGAGGCCGGCGCCAUCGUGUUCCUCUUCACCACCGCGGAGUGGCUGGAGACGCUGGCGUGCACCAAGGCCAGCGCCGGGAUGUCGUCGCUCAUGAGCAUGGUCCCGCCCACCGUCGUGCUCGCGCAGACAGGGGAGGUCGUCGGCGUGCGCGACGUCGGGGUGGGCGCCGUCGUCGCUGUCCGGGCCGGGGAGGUCGUGCCCGUGGACGGCGUGGUCGUCGACGGGCAGAGCGAGGUCGACGAGAGCAGCCUCACCGGCGAGUCCUUCCCCGUGCCCAAACAGCCGCAGGCGGAGGUCUGGGCCGGCACCAUGAACCUGGACGGCUACAUAGCCGUGAGGACGACAGCUCUGGCCGACAACUCGACAGUGGCCAGGAUGCAGCGGCUUGUGGAGGCGGCGCAGAACAGCAGGUCCAAGACACAGCGGCUGGUCGAUUCAUGCGCCAAGUACUACACCCCAGCCGUGGUUGCUGUUGCAGCUGGCGUGGCUCUUGUCCCGCUGCUGCUGGGGCCACGGGGAGCGCAGGACCCGAAACGGUGGUUCCAGCUAGCGCUGGUACUGCUGGUGAGCGCGUGCCCGUGCGCGCUGGUGCUGUCGACGCCGGUGGCUACGUUCUGCGCGCUGCUGCGGGCGGCGAGGAUGGGGGUUCUCAUCAAGGGCGGGGACGUUCUGGAGUCGCUGGGCGAGAUCAGGGUCGCGGCGUUCGACAAGACGGGAACCAUCACUAAGGGCGAGUUCAGCGUCCAUGGGUUCCAUGUGGUUGGGGACAAGGUUGGAAUGAGCCAGCUUCUUUAUUGGGUGUCGAGCAUUGAGAGCAAGUCAAGCCACCCAAUGGCAACCGCACUCGUCGAGUACGCUCAGUCCAAAUCCAUCCAACCCGAGCCGACAAGCGUCACUGACUUCCGUAUCUACCCUGGAGAGGGCAUAUCCGGAGCGAUAAACGGAAGGCAAAUCUUCAUUGGGAACACAAGGAUCAUGGCAAGGUCCUCCUGCUACGCAGCAGGAGCAGGUCCGGAGAUGGAAGGCCAGCAAGGUGCGUCGAUCGGGCAUGUGAUCGUCGACGGCGACCACGUGGCGGCGUUUUCGCUCUCGGACGACUGUAGGACCGGCGCGGCAGAGGCGAUCCGUGAGCUGAGAUCGAUGGGCAUCAGGUCGGUCAUGCUGACAGGGGACAGCAAAGCGGCGGCGUCGCGGGCGCAGCGGCAGCUCGGCGGCGCCCUGGAGGAGGUCCACUCGGAGCUCCUCCCGGCGGACAAGGUCGCGCUGGUCGGGGACCUCAAGGCGAGGGCCGGGCCGACGCUGAUGGUCGGGGACGGCAUGAACGACGCGCCGGCGCUGGCCACGGCGGACGUGGGCGUCGCCAUGGGCCUGUCGGGCUCGGCGGCCGCCAUGGAGACGAGCCACGCCACGCUCAUGUCCAGCGACCUCCUCCGGGUGCCCGCGGCCGUCCGGCUCGGGCGGCGCGCCCGCGCAACCGUCGCCGCCAACGUGAUCGCCUCCGUGGGCGCCAAGGCCGCCGUCCUCGCUCUGGCCGCCGCGUGGCGCCCCGCGCUGUGGGUGGCCGUGCUCGCCGACGUCGGCACGUGCCUGCUCGUCGUGCUGCACAGCAUGCUGCUGCUCUGGGACCCAGCUGGCGCGGGCUGGCGGAGGAGGGGUGGGGGUGGGGACCCCGAGGCGUGCCGCGCGACGGCGCGGUCGCUGGCCAUGAGGUCUCAGCUCGCCGAAGCGUCCAACGGCGCGGCCGGAACCGCUCAGGGACGACGACCAGGCGGUGGGACCAAAGCAGGCUGCCAUUGCUGUCGGGAGACAAGCGAGCCGUCUGAGCAGGACCACACGGCGGUGGUGGUCGACAUACCGGCACCAUCCGCUGAGCGUCCUGGUGUUGUGGCGCCGACCGCCGCCACCGGAUGUUGCAGCAGCUCCGCCCGCGAAGCUUGUGCUACUCCAACCACCGUGACUACUGUGAACUCUGCGCCACGAGGUUGCUGUGGCGGCAUUGGCGAAGGAGACACCCGCGAGAAUGCAAGGACAAGCUGCUGCACCGAUGCCCGUGACUCUCCUAAGAAGGCAGGGCAACAAUGCAACGCAAGGUGUUGUUCUUGGGGCAAACAAAAUACUCUCAAGUGUCAAGCGCAGGAUACAAUCUCAAAUCUCAAGUGAAAUACUGACUGUUCUGUUCAUGCAACAAGACCAAAAGCUUUCCGAGUGUUCAGAUCGACUGGGUUGCUCGUGAAGUUUUCAACAUUGAGAGUGAUCAAAUCCUUAGCUGCUUGCUUUUGUCUCUCUAUUUUCUCCUUGUGUAUUUUUAAGCGUUUAUCCAUGAACAAAGUAUCGGUACUAGGGUACUACUAAACCAAGGUAUUUAGGCUGUUUGGCUCAGGUUUAAAAAUGCUUCCACUGUCAAAAGGUAGAACGUCAAUUAAUUGCGUGUUUGGUAGAAAUAAGCUAGUCCAUCAUAUUUCUACUCCUCACUUUCAUGUUUGGUUUGUGGAAUAGAAUAGAGUACUAUCCCGUCUAAUUUAUAA